AUGGGAUUACUCGGAGGAUUGGUCACUUUGAAUCCAUUUCCAGGGGUUUAUUGUCAGGGAUUAUUGAGUAAAUAUUUCGAUGCAUUCACUUUAGUUACGUUCUGGUGUUUUUUGCUCUGUUCUUACGCCUAUUCGAGCUUCAUAAUGCUUCUGAUUCGUCUUCAAAUUGUGGCCCGAGGAGGGAAAACGUUUGAUUGUAACCAGUCUUACUACUAUGUUGUCUAUGGGAUAAUCGCAUUUUUCGUUUAUUUUCCAGUACCAGGUCUAAUGUUUUUAUCUCGUAGAACUCCAGAAGAAAUGAGUGAUUUCAAGUUUCCCAACAAUUUACAAGUCUUGGAGCACAAUGGAAUCCAUAUUUUUACGGAGCUGGACAAGACUAGUUUUGUCAAUUUUGUGAUGGUUGGAACAGUCGUCGGAGCGUUUGGGUAUCUCGUAGGCAUCUAUAUUUGUAUAUAUCGAGCAACCAGAGUUCACGCUAUUCAAAAAAGCAGUCGACAUAUCAAAGAACAUCUGAGAAGUCUUUAUAACAUGAUUAUUCAGACCACCUUCAUUGGAGCAUUCAUGACAAUAUCCGCUCUUCUCAUCCUCAAAUCUUUUUUCAAUGAUCCAUCAGUGGACUCCAGAAUAUCCAACACAAUCGCUUAUUCUUGUUUGUGUGGCGGAUCAAUACCGUCACAAAUCACAAUGAUUUCUCGGAAUACUGCGUAUAGAAAUUUCGUGUUAAGAAGGAAAGCAGCUUAUCGGAACAGUACAAGUACCCAAAAUAAUCGGAGAUCAACUAUUGUAAAAGUUUGA